UAUAUAUAAGGUAGGAGGAGGAAAAGUGGAAUAGGCAAGGAAAACUAAACUUUUGCCUCAGGGAAUAAAAUGCAUGCCUUGGGUCUCCUCCGAAGUAGUCGUUCGUUUGCACUAGCCAAAAAAGCCUGUCAUGGCAAUCAGAAGAGAAAAAGGUUGAAAAACCUAAACACUCGCAUGAGAAGGCUCAGAUCUGAUAUGGAGGAAAUAAGUGAGGAACAAAAAAGGAUCAAAGAAGGGCAAAGGCAAGUAAGAGAAAAAUUUGAAACCAUUGAAUUGGAAUGUGAACAACUUCGCAAGGAGACUAACCUGAUAAUGCAGCAGAGUGCCAACACCCAAAUCCGACUGGCUAUCAUGUUCCGAAUCUUGAAAGCAAGAGAAAACCAAGACUUUGACCAGGCAGCCAAACUCACUUGUGCUCUUCGUGCACUGAUAGCGAAAGAAUCAACAAAAGAAUGCUGCAACCACGAUCGUUGAGACAUGCUAUAUUAAAUAAAAAGGUGGGGACGAGCUCUAUUGUUAUAUAUUCGCAGUCCUAAACCAAAGUUUGCUUCCAACUUUAGGUUGCAACUAUCUUUAUCUUUAAAUAGUAAAAUUGAAUAAAAGUUCAUGCUGAUGAACACUAAGUCUAGAUUAUUAUGGUAGUAUUGAUGUUUUCUUUUCUAAAUUGUAUAAUUUUGCUUAAAGUUUAGGCAAAAUUAUACAAUUAGUCCUUGUACUCUUGCUUAGUGGUGGACUUUAUCCUUGUACAAUAAUUCAUAAAAAUUGAGUCUUUAUAUUUUUCAAAA